AUGCCCUGUCCACAGCCAGACGAUCCAACACCGUCCGGCGCUCCCAUCGCCACCGACACGCCAACCAUCUGCGUCCGUUGCAAAGCCAACCCGGCCAUCGCCUUUUUCCGCGACUCGAUCUACUGUCAACCCUGCGCCGGCGCCGUCUUCUACCAGAAAUCCAAAACCGGUCUCGAGUACGCUCGUGGUGCAGGUCUAGCCAAGUACGUCGCCGCGGCCAAAGCAUCCUCCGCAUCCGAAUCCAGUCAAGAAGCUUCUUCCUCGACUUCAACGCCUCCAGCCGCAAAAGGAGACAAGAGGAACGGCAAGCAAGUCAACAACGGAGGUGGAAAUGCCGAGGUGAACGUUUCUGCCAACAUCGCCGUCGCCUUUUCUGGCGGUGCUAGCUCUCGAGCUCUGCUGAGAACGGCAACGCAGUACUUUCGUCCGGAGGCAGCCUUCACCAAUAGAGAUGCGAGGAGGAGGAAGGCUCGUGGUGAAGAGCUCGAGGACGAUGCAGCUUCGAUGACGUCUGCAAAGACUCGUGGUGCAGUCAAUGCAGCUGGUCGCUUCAACGAAGUCGGCAAGAUCUACGUGCUUUACAUCGAUGACAGCGCCAUUAUCGCGGGUGGGAUGGAUCGGACGGAAGAAGCACGCAGGAUGGUGGAGGAGGAAGUGUGUGCGGAUCUGGAGUUUGUCGGGUUGAAGAUGGAGGAUGUUUUCCGCGCCGACGAUGAUGUCGUCGAGGGGGUGGCGUGGAAGCUUGCGGGCGCGGAUGGCCAGCAGAUCUCGACCUCGACUGCCACAAUACCGGACUCAACGCAGGCGCUCAAAGAUCUCUUCUCGUCACUACACCCGUCAGAUACACCACGCACAGGAGUCUCCUCAGCCAGAACUCGCAUCGAAGACCUCCACCGCAUCCUCAUCUCCACCCUCCUCCGUCGCACCGCCACCCGCCUCGACUGCUCCGCCCUUCUCCUCGGCGACACCGCCACGCGCAUCUCGAUCCGUCUCAUCGAAGACCUCGCAAAGGGCGCAGGUCACAAGCUCCCCAUCCAGGGCAGCGACGCAGCGUGGAUCGAUGACUUGCUUCUCGUCCGGCCGUUCAAAUCUCAUCUCUUGCAGGAGGUCUUGUUCUAUGCUUCUGCUCUUGGACUCGAGGCCAUCCAACCGGAACAGAAUGUCGUUCCCCCUGUCGUUUCCACGAGUGACAUCUUGAAUAACAGCAGCGGUGUCACCCCGGUGAUGGAUAAAAGCUCGAUCGCUAGGUUGACAGAAACCUUCAUCCUCAAUCUGGAAAAAGGUGUACCGAGUACGGUCACGACGAUCGGAAAGACAGGCAGCAAGCUCGUGCUCAACGACACCUCUCCCUCUUCUCUAGCCCACGAUGUGUCGAGUUCCACAGCGGCGUUUCAAAACGUUGGACCGAGCGUACCGCUUCGAACCACCGCACGCAAGGCCCUGCACACCAGCAUGUCGGAUCUCACCGUCAACAGCAAGGAACCACGAAUCGGAUCGAGGGGCAUCAAACUGGCCCAACUCAGCGCGAGUUGUCUCCGGUGGAGUACCGGGAACGGUUGUGCAUUGUGUGGGAUGCCCUGUCAGAAGGGUGCUAGGUGGUGGAAGAGGGACAUUACGAUUUCCAGGUUGGACGAGACCGAGCCGAGGAGCGAUGUCCCACGCGGUACGGCCAGCGAAGAGCCGGAGGAGGGAUGGAUGGAUCUCUCGUCCCACCUCUGCUACGCAUGCCUGUUGGUGCUCGCACCACCUACAUCGAACAACGAAUCCUUGCUCCCAUCGACGGUUCUGCGACACAUCCAACAAUCCCACUUGCCAGACACCGAAACUCACUUCGACGCAAACGGUCUCAGCAGUGCGCUAGAUCAAGACACGCUCGAAACACCAGCCACAUCAACCGGAUGUGGAAAUCACAACCAACCCACAUCAACACCGCAACCACUCAAACCAUCCGAGAUCAAGGCUCAGAUCACCGAGUUCUUGCUCGACGAUGCUUGA